AUAUGUUAUAAAUUGAAUAUUAAUAUUUAACAACAAUAAAAAAAUGAAAAUUCUUCAUUUUUUUAUAUUACUUGUAAUAUCAAAUUUUGUAUAUAUUUCAAACUCUCAAUCAAUAUUACAAAUAGAUGAAUACAAUCGUGUAGAAAAAUUGUUAAAGGUUGUUUUAGUUGAAUCAGAAUUUUCAACCAGAUUCCAAACGCUAACUGUAGGAGUUAAUACUUUUUGGGAUUUUUGUUCCUCUUCAGAUUUCGAAUGUAUAUCUAUCGGAGGGGAAUACUAUGCAUCCACAAUGACAGUAAGGGGACAAGAAACUGUCUCUACAAUUAAUUUAGAUUAUAGCUAUUUUAAGAAUUUUAAACAUUUGACAUCAAUUUCUUUUACUAGUUUAUUGGCCAACUACACACUUUUCGGAAAUGACCUUACUGAUACUGGCUACUCUCCAAUUAUAAAUGUUGAAAACUGCAGAUUAAGAAAUUUUGAUAAACUUCCAGCUAUUCCAUCCCCAACAAAUAAAUUCUCUAUCGUUGUUAAUACUGAUUCCCCAGAUUACUCUAUUUCAAAACUCCCAUUAUCAUCUUUAAAAAAUAUUAAAACAUUUUCUUUUUCUUUUUCAGAUACACCCACAAUCACUAAACAUGUAAAAUAUAACAAUGAUCUUACAAGUCCAAUUUCUUUAGACUCAUUCUCAUCAUCAAUUGGAGAAACACCUUCGUUUAAUUUUGUAACCAUUAAUUCAUUAUCUUUAGAUUAU